AUGUCUGUUUUCCUUCUAUCCGAAGACGGGCACCGAGGAGACUGCAUGAAGUGGGAUCCUGCCAACGACGUGCCUGGUGGCUACCAGGGCAAUCAGUCAGCCCAGAACACGCUCUUUGUCGAGCCAAGGAGUUUGCUGAUCUUCAGUCAUGAUGCUUUCUGGCACCAUCGCCACGGCAUCGACGCAGCGGCAUCCGAAGACAUCCCGUCAAAUUGUGUGAAUUUGGAGCAGGCCGCUGCCUGGGGCUACAAGCCUGGGGACCGGCUGGAGCGAGCUCGCCGCGUCUCCUUUACCAUGAGGCAUUUGCUUCCUCGCUGUGCUUGCCAGGGCUGA